UAUAUCAUAUUUGUCUUCCAUCCUCCAUAGUUCUUCUUCACUUACAAGCCAUGUCUCAACAAAAUUCAUUCUACCCACAAGUUGAUUUGACAAAUCCAGAAGCUGCUUCUCCCUUUUCCCACCAUUCAUCGUCAUCUUCUUCUUCCAUUUAUCCUACAGUAGAAACAACAGAAAAUCUCAUUGCGGAAGAGCCGAACGCGACACAAGCCAUGGAAAACGUUCUCGUCACGGUUCCGGGUGCGAUUCUGCAUCUCAUAGAAAAGGAUUCAAGCGUGCACCUCGCUUCAGGGGAUCUCACCAUAUCCAGCCUCGGAGAAGGGGACAAAGUGGUGGCUGUUCUCGCUCGCGUCGGAGACAAGGUUCAGUGGCCGUUGGCCAAGGACGUGGCGGCGGUGAAGCUGGACCAGUCGCACUACUUCUUCACGCUGCAAGUUCCACAGAAACAGGCGGAGAACGGAUUUGAGGUGUUGAAUUAUGGGUUGACGGUGGCGGCGAAGGGGCAAGAGAGGGUGCUGAAGGAACUGGACGGGGUUCUGGAGAAGUAUAGCUUUCUGUCGAAGGAGAAAGUGAAGGGUGUGAGUGGAUGGGAGGUGUUGGAUGGUUCCGUGUCGACAGAGACAUCACCCGAAGAAUUAAAAUCAGAGGAGAAGAGGGAAGUGAUCGAGGAGCGUUCUGGUGCUUAUUGGACAACGUUGGCACCAAACGUGGAGGAUUACAGUGGGAGUUUUGCGAGGUGGAUUGCUGCGGGGUCGGGGCAUGUUAUUAGGGGGAUUUUGUGGGCUGGGGAUGUUACUGUGGAGAGGUUGAAGUGGGGGAAUGAUUUCAUGAAGAAGAGAUUGGAGCCUGGUUCCCACUCCCAGAUGAGUCCUCAGGCAUUGGAGAAUAUGAAAAGGGUCAAGAAGUUGACCAAGAUGUCAGAGAAAGUAGCCACUGGUGUCCUCUCUGGGGUUGUCAAGGUGUCUGGAUUCUUCACAAGCUCUGUAGUCAACUCCAAACCUGGAAAGAAGUUCUUCAGUCUUCUUCCUGGAGAAAUCGUCCUUGCUACCAUGGAUGGAUUCAAUAAGGUGCUGGAUGCUGUAGAAGUAGCUGGGAGGAAUGUUAUGUCCACUUCGUCAUCCGUGACCACCGAACUCGUUUCACAUAAAUUGCCUUUUUGGUUGUGUUAGGUAUGGAGAGCAAGCGGCCCAGGUUGCUAAUGAAGGUCUUGACGCCGCAGGGCAUGCAAUUGGGACAGCUUGGGCAGUGUUCAAACUUAGGAAGGCACUCAACCCUAAGAGUGUGAUCAAGCCAA